AUGGAGAACUUCAAGUGCAAGAACCUUGGGGAGGUAAAGUACUACCUCGGGAUGCACGUGGAGAGGGAUCUGGAUCACAGGUGGUUGAAGCUGCACCAGGAGAAGUUCAUCAAGGAGCUUGGGGAGAAGUACGGAAUUGAGAAUGAGCGCAAGGUUGCAACUCCCCUGCCAGCAGAAUUCAAGCUUGUGAAAGCUGCAGAGGAUGAAGGGGUUGAAGCCGAGGAGCAGCAGCAAUUUCAGUCCUUGAAUCCAUCAGAGGAGCAGGUGGAUGCAGCUGAGCGUGUGGUGAAGUAUCUGAACUCUCACCCAAGCAUUGGAGUUCAAUACUCCGCAUCUGCACAGGUGAAGCAGAAAGGGGUUGAGGUGCUGAAACAGAAGGGGGAGAGGCUUGGAGAAGGCAAGUUUUUUCUCACUUGCUUUACCGAUGCUACGUGGGCCUCUGAGAAGGAGGAUUCCUCAUCUGUGAGAGGAUACAUCUGCGUAGUUGGGGGAGGACCGGUUAGUUGGAGGUCAAAGAAGCAGACGGAGACAGCACUCUCGUCCGUGGAGUCAGAGUACAUGGCAAUGUUUCAUGGGGUGAAGGAGGUGAUUUGGCUGAGGAGGCAUGUUGGAGGAGAUUGGCCAGGAGCAAAAGGUUGCUACGCCGCUGUUUUGUGA